AUGAAACUCGUCAUCCUUGUCGUCCUGCUUGCAUUCCUGCUUGCGGUUGUACUCGUCCAUGAUGGUGACCCACUGGGCCGUCUCCUCUUCCAGCGUCGGGGCCGGGCCGGGCCCCUCCCUACCGCCGUCGAUCUGGCGGACCGCGGCGGCCAUGUAGUCGAGCUGGCGGCACACGGCGCGCACGUUGGCCAGGUAGCCGCGCAGCAGCCGCGUCGGGUCCCUGCUGGCGCCGGGGCCCAGCGCCCACCACGGCAGCCGCCCCGCGCCGUCCUCGAGCCCGCGCCCGCGCCGCUCGAGUAUGUACUCGACGCGCCGCAGGCACUCGUGCGCCUGCGCCACCUCGAGGCCCACGUCCAGCCGCACCUCGUCGUGCCCGGCCAGGAACGCGGUCGGGGCCACGUCGCGGUCCGCGCCGAAGCGGAAGAUGGGCAUGCGGAGGCGCGCCAGGGCCGCGGUCCCCCGCACGUCGGCGGCCGCGUCGUAGGCCUCGGGCGACCACCACUCGUUGUUGGCGCCGGCGUACGAGGUUUCGAACUCGCGGAGCCGGGUCAGGUCCUCGAUCUCGAGCAUGAGGUUGAACAAGACGUUGGACGGCUGCGCGUGCGCCGGGUAGGGCAUGAGGCCCGAGACGUCGACGCCCCAGUCGGGGAAGAUGUACUGGAGCCUAGAGGGCAUGUUGGGAUAUGUUGGCGCUGUUUAUUACUAUAG